AUGGCUACCCCCAGUUUCCUUACCUUUGAUACUGAGGGUCGUGCUGUUGACUUUGAGGUCUGGGUCGAUGACCUCCAGCUGUUCCUACAGUGCGAUAGGGUAGACGGACUCUCCCUGUUUGAUCUCACCUCUGGUGCCACUCCUGCCCCGCCUGCUACUGCUGACAGCACAGUUCACUCACAGUGGGCCACGCGCGAUGCUGCUGCCCGUCUUGCUGUGCGUCGCCACUUACCGACCACUGAGCGUGCGCACUUUAGCCAGUACAAGAGUGCUAAGACCUUGGACCACUUCCUCUCAGUUUGCCCCACCACACUCACCGCUGACCUCCUCGAGGAGCGCCUCCUAGCAGCAGAGAAGAGCAUAGUCGCCCUAGGAGCCUCUCGUGGUGACCCUCGCACCCCCGUCUUUGAGGGGUGUUCUCCCUCCUCCCUCUUUGUCCUCACUUUUGACGCUGAGGGCAGAGCCAUCGACUUUGACGUGUGGGUAGACGACCUACUGCUUUUCCUACAGUGCGACAGAGCUGACGGACUCUCUCUCUUUGAUCUCACCUCUGGUGCCUCUCCCGCCCCUGCUGCUACUGAGGAUGCCACUGUUCGCUCACAGUGGGCCACUCGCGAUGCUGCUGCACGUCUUGCUGUGCGUCGCCACCUCCCCCCUGCUGAGCUCGCCGACCUCAUUACCCACCUGCGCACUAGUGACGCUCGCUUCCGCGCUGCGCUUCCUGCUGAGUUCUGUGCCAAGAACCCCCCCCCCCCCAAGUACUUCACUCUCUACUACAUUGUCACCCGCCUCCCUGACUCCCUUCGAGGAGUCAGGGACGACUUACUCUCAGUCUGCCCCACCACUCUCACCGUUGAGCUCCUCGAGAAGUCCCUCCUAGCGGCCGAGAAGAGCAUUCUCGCUGUAGGGGCCUCUCGUGGUGACCCGCGCACCCCCAUCUUUGAGGGGUGUCCCCCCUCCCCCCUCCUGCCCUCUGUUGCCUCUGCUGCUACGGCCGACCUAGUUGGUUUUGAGUCGGUCGGUGCGGCGUCUGCCCCCAGUGGGAGACGUCGCUCUGGCAAGAGCAAGGGGGGCAGGGGUGGUGGGGGAGGCGGCGGGGGCGGUGGAGGCGGCGGUGGAGGCAGCGGAGGAGGUGAGGGUGGUAGCGGGAGUGGUGGCGGGAGUGGAGGUGUCAGCGGCGGCAGUGGAGGCGGGGGCGGCAGUGGCGGUGGUGGUGGGGGUGGAGGCGGAGGCGGUGGUGGCGGCAGCGACGGUGGAGGUGGUGGUGGCGGUGGAGGUGGUGGCGGUGGCGGCGGAGGAGGCGGCGGAGGGGGCGGCGGCGGUCGUGGCUCGUCGCGGAGGAGUGGCUCCGGUGGUGGUCAGCGCCAGCAGCAGCAGCGUGGUCCGGAGACCCUCUCCCCGCAGCAGCUCCGUGAGUGGUACGCUGCACGUCAGAGGGGUGGGGGUACUGGUCCGUGCACCUACGUCCUGCGCACUGGCGACCGUGCGGGAGUAGCUAUCUUUGAUCUUGACUUUGAUGCUAUUCUUCGUGCCAUGUAUGCUGUGACUAUUAGUGAGGAGGGUGACUGUUACCGGUGUUUCCCGCCCGACCCGGGCAUUGGUACCGCGGCUCUAGGUGCUGUUGAGGCUGCUGCUCCAGUUGCUGGUGAGGCUGUCGCUCUAGGUGCCAGUGAGUCUGUGUCCUCAGGUGCUGGUGAGUCUGCUCUCUCAGGUACUGCGUCGGCUCCGCCCUCUCUCACCUUCACUCUUGACUCUGGGGCGUCUCGCUCCUUCAUUAGAGACCGCACCACACUCACGCCGCUCAGUCGGCCAGUGGCGGUCUCCCUGGCGGACCCCUCUGGGGGUCCAGUUCUGGCUCGCUACUCCACUGUCUUGCCGUGCCCUGCGGUCCCGUCCGGCGCCCUGUCCGGUCUCUACCUCCCCUCGUUCUCUACGAACUUGGUGGCGGGUGCUGACCUACAGGAUGCAGGGGUUGACCAGUUCACCCCUGCGCGCCGACGGGAUACCCACUACACGGACGCGGACACGGGUCGACACUUGACCACGUUCACACGUGGGCUGGGGUCGAGCCUGUACACACUCACUGUUCCGUCUCCUCCUCCUGCGUCUGGUCAGGUAGCAGCGUCGGGCCAGGUGUUUGCUGCAGCGUCCAGGUCUGGUCUUGAGUCUGCCCCCUGCUCGUGUCGCCUCCUGUCUCACGAGACCCUCCUAUGGCACCACAGGAUGGGUCACCCCUCCCUGCCUCGUCUCCGGGGCAUGGCCUCUCGCCUUCUUGUCUCUGGUCUUCCUCGGUCCCUCCCUCCCCUUCCUCCAGGGCCUGGUCCUCCCUGUGUCCCCUGUGUCGAGGGUCGCCUGCGGGCUACCCCUCACUCCUCCCCCUUUCCUCCGACGGAGGCCCCGAUGCAGACGCUUCACAUGGACGUGUGGGGCCCAGCCCGCGUCCGUGGACAGGGUCACGAGCGCUACUUCCUGCUGGUGGUUGACGACUACUCACGUUACACCACGGUCUUUCCCUUGCGCAGCAAGGGUGAGGUCACUAAGGUGUUGAUCGACUGGAUCCGCGCAGCUCGUCUCCAGCUCAGGCGGAGCUUCGGCUCGGACUUUCCUGUUUUGCGUCUGCACUCGGACAGAGGCGGAGAGUUCUCCUCCGGUCUUCUGCGAGCCUACUGUCGUGCACGAGGCAUCCGCCAGACCUUCACGCUUCCGGACUCUCCACGGCAGAAUGGGAUUGCUGAGCGCCGCAUCGGCAUUGUCAUGGACGUCGCCCGUACGUCCAUGGUGCAUGCGGCUGCCCCCCAUUUUCUGUGGCCGUUUGCGGUGAGGUACGCCGCGCACCAGAUCAACCUUCAGCCCAGGGUCUCCAGACCAGAGACCUCCCCAGCUCUGCUGUGGACGGGGAAGGUUGGCGAUGCGUCGGCGUUCCGUGUCUGGGGAUCUCGGGCGUUUGUCCGCGACUUGUCUGCGGAGAAAGCUGUCCCCUCGUGCUGCUCCUUGCGUCUUCCUGGGUUUCCCCCCCUGACGCCCCUGGGUGGCAGUUUUACCACCCCACCUCUCGUCGUGUUUUGUCCUCCCAGGACGUCACGUUCGACGAGUCGGUCCCCUUCUACCGGCUCUUCCCCUACCGCACUCCCUCCCUUCCCCCACCGCCCCUCUUCCUGGUCCCAGACGCGGUCGAGCCUGUUGAGGUCACUGGUGACUCUGGUGCUGCUGCGGGUGCGGGGCCUCGGGGUGCUGAGCCUGGGGGUGCUGAGACUGGGGGUGCUGAGCCUGGGGGUGCUGCGACUGGGGGUGCUGAGCCUGGGGGUGCUGAGACUGGGGGUGCUGAGCCUGGGGGUGCUGAGCCCGGGGGUGCUGAGCCUGGGGGGUGCUGAGCCUGGGAGUACUACGACUGGGGGUGCUGAGCCUGGGGGUGCUGAGCCUGGGGGUACUGCGUCUGGGAGUGCUGCGCCUGCUGCUUCUCUUCCUGGUGGUUCGAGCCGCGAGCCGCUCUCUCCUCUGGAGCUGCGUGAGUGGUUUGCCCGGCGCUGGAGGCGUGCUGCUGGAGCUGGGGGUGCUGCGGGUGCUGGAGGUUCUGUUGCUGCCGAGGGGGCUGGUACCACAGGUCCCGAAGGUGCUCGUACUGCGAGUACUGGAGCUGCCGGGCCCGGGGGUGCCUCUGGAGCUGGAGCUGCUGCGGGUGCUGGCGCUGAGACUACGACUGUCGGUCCUCCUGAGGGUACUUCUGGCUCUGCUGGAGGUGCUGGAGUUGGAGCUGCUACUGGUGCUGGUGCUGCCUCUGGAGGUGUUGGUGCUGUCCCUGCUGUCUCUGGCGGUGCUGGCGCGGCCUCGGCCGUACUUCGUUCCGCUCCUCCAGCAGGUUCUUGGUCUCCCGCCUUCCACUGGUCCUUCUCCUCCCGUAGAGUGUCCACAGCCUGUUCCGUCGCCAGUCACAGUUACAGCCCGCCUCUCCCCUGCCUUCUCCUUCUCCCUACGCUGGUCCUACUGGAGGUCUUGCUGAGCGUCGUGAGCCUCCGUCCCGCCCUUGCGUCGCCAAUCCGAGCUGCUCGCCCUAGUGUGUCGCGGUUCGCGGUCAGCGUCCUCCUCCUGUCCCUGGCAACGCACCAGAUGUCUCUGCGUCCGUCCACUGCUCCUCUGCGUGCCCCUUUGCCUUCUCCUCCUGAGUCCUCUCUUCCUACUCUUGACGACCCGGAGUCGGACUCUCGCCGUGCUGCCAGUCCUACUGUCACGCGUCUUCUUGCUUCUCUUGUCACUGACCCUUCCUUUGAGUCCGCUGCUGCGUCUGCCCUAGUUGCGGAGCUGGUCGACUUUGCUGCUGCGUGUCGUUUAGACUACGCUGCCAGGUGA